AUGGAGCAGUGGAGUGUCGUUCACCGUGUGUUCGCGUACGACUCAUUUGUCAAAAACAACGAAUCGGUAGUGAAAGUACAGCGUGCAUUCAGAAUUAAUUUUAACAUUGGCCGUCACGGUGCGGUUCCCGAUCGGCAAACAAUUAUGAGAUGGGUCACUGCUUUUCGAACAACGGGAAUAAUUACAAAAAAAAAGCCACCUGGCCCCGUACGUACUGUAACAACUCCCGAAAAUACGGAAAGGGUAAGAGCCGCUGUUCUCCAAAGUCCACGACGCUCGGUGCGCAAACAAGCUCAGGCUUUACAAAUUAAUCGUUCUUCCGUUCGACGCAUCGUCAAGCGUGAGUUGAACUUCCAUCCUUAUAAGUUGACAAUUGUUCAACAGUUGAAACCCACUGAUUAUCACCAACGUUCAGAAUUUGCAUUAGAGAUGCUCUCGUUAUUUGAGGUGAAUGACGAUAUACUGUUAUUUAUGAGUGAUGAAGCGCAUUUUCACCUCGACGGUUUUGUAAAUAAGCAAAAUUGCCGUUAUUAUGCUGCAGAAAACCCUCAAAGCCUCCACGAACGACCGUUGCACAGCCCUAAAGUGACUGUUUGGUGUGCACUUUCAAAAAAAUUAAUCAUUGGUCCUUACUUUUUUGAGGAACAAGGAAACACGGUGACUGUCAAUAGUGUCCCCCCUACAUUGAAAUGCUUAGUAACUUUUUUAAAUCAGAGUUGCGUAAAAGAAGACGAAUUAUCAACCCGUCAAAUAUCUGGUUUCAACAAGAUGAAGCACCUCAUUUCACGUUUUGGAGAUAUGCAUUGGCCUCCUAGGUUACCUGACUUGACGGUGUGCGAUUUUUUCCUUUGGGGUUAUCUAAAGUCACGUGUUUACGAGUCAAAACCACGUACACUAGACGAACUUAAGGAUGCAAUAAAAACGGAAAUUGCAUUAAUAGACGAAAACUUGCUUCAACGCGUUCACUUAAAUUUGUUGGACCAACUUUCUUCGUGCUACGAACAAGAUGGACGUCAUAUGCUCGAUGUUCUUUUCAAAACUUAA